GCUGCUUCCAGUCGAGCUCAAAUGGCAGCUUCUACUGGUACUCGAACGCUUUCAACUUGGAAAGGAACCAGCAUUGAUGGAUCCGAUACGAAACUUUAUCUCAAUGGGAGCUUUGUUAAGAGUAAGACGGAACGAUGGAUCGAUGUCAAUAAUCCAGCAACGCAAGCUCUUUUAACGCGGGUCCCACAAUCAACGAACGAUGAGUUAAAGUCCGUUGUCGAUAGUGCUCAGAAUGCCUACCUCGAAUGGAAAAAUUCAUCAGUCCUCUUUCGUCAACAAGUCAUGUUAAGAUUUCAAGAUUUAAUCAGAAGCAACAGUGAUGAAUUAGCCAAAUCGAUUGUCUUAGAACAAGGCAAAACGUUUUCAGACGCAAAAGGAGAUGUGCAUAGAGGUUUACAGGUCGUCGAAGCUGCUUGUGCUUUACCUGAAUUGUUAAUGGGUGAAAAACUUGAAGUUAGUAAAGAUAUGGAUACCGAAACUCGUAAAGCACCUUUAGGUGUUACAGCUGCUAUAUGCCCGUUUAACUUUCCCGCCAUGAUCCCAUUAUGGAGCAUUUUGUCUGUUGCAUGUGGUAAUUCACUCAUCAUCAAACCGUCUGAGCGGGAUCCCGGUGCAACCAUGAUGAUUGCCGAAUUGGCUCAAAUGGCUGGUUUACCUGCGGGUGUAUUGAAUGUGGUACAUGGAGGAGUGGAUACGGUCAACUUUUUGUGCGAUGAGCCUAGGAUCAAAGCUAUCUCUUUUGUCGGAUCUGAUCAUGCAGGCAAACAUAUCUAUGAUCGAGCAGGUCAGACUGGAAAGAGAGUUCAAGCCAAUUUGGGUGCCAAAAAUCAUUGUGUUGUUAUGCCGGAUGCUGCUCGAAAUUCGACCCUGAAUGCGAUCGCGGGAGCUGCAUUUGGGGCUGCUGGUCAACGUUGCAUGGCUCUAUCAGUAAUGAUCACUGUUGGAGAAUCUUCAACUUGGAUAUCUGAACUUGUCGAACGAGCCAAGUCAUUGAAAGUAGGCAAUGGUAUGGAUGAUAAAACAGAAAUAGGUCCAGUAAUCUCUCCUCAAGCAAAGAAAAAUAUUGAAGAACUGAUUGGAUCAGCUGAGAAAGAAGGUGGUAAGAUCUUGCUUGAUGGUCGUAAUAUCAAAGUAGAAGGUUAUCCGGAUGGAAAUUGGGUGGGACCUACCAUCAUUGAAGGAAAAACAGGCAUGACUUGUUAUGAAAAGGAGAUUUUUGGACCAGUACUCACUGUGAUCAACGUAGGAAGUUUAGAUGAAGCUAUUGAGCUCAUCAAUUCCAACAAAUAUGGUAAUGGUACAGCGAUCUUCACUCGUGAUGGGGCAGCUGCUCGUCGAUUUGAACGAGAAGUUGAAGCUGGUCAAAUCGGUAUCAACACACCUGUUCCUGUACCUUUGCCCAUGUUCGCAUGGAGUGGUAAUAAAGGUAGUGUAUUAGGUGGUCAUUCACUUUAUGGAAAACUUGGAAUCGGAUUUUGGACUCAAUUAAAGACGACUACUGCUUUAUGGAGAGCAUCAGAUGCAGUUGGAAAUCGAGCUGAUGUUUCAAUGCCAACUCAUCGUUGAAGAAAUCGUGUUGAUAUCUCUUAUAUAUGUUGAUGGUUACUUUUUGUUUUGUUGAUCUUUAACUCGAUUUUGUAUUAUUUUCAUGUUCUUGUCUUUUUUACAAUCAAUGUAUAAACCUU